UGUCCUUCAGCCCCGGGCUUGGACAAGGACGCUAGCUCUUUAGUCCAGGUCGUGGUGGUUCUCCUUGAAGUUGGAGGUCUGAGGCCAGGCCUCAAGUGGAACGGCAUCACCAUGAUGGACGGACGGCCGGGCCGAGUGCCCUUAAAGCUCCUGCCAGACGAGGCCCGGAACCUACCCCCGCCCAAGCUGAACGACCCGCGGCUCCUCUAUAUGGGCUUCUUGGGCUACUGCUCAGGCCUGGUGGAUAACGCGUUCCGGCAGAGGCCGGUCGUGAUAGCCGGUUUGCAUCGCCAGCUUCUAUAUAUUACUUCCUUUUUUUUUGUUGGAUACUAUCUUUUAAAACGUCAAGACUAUAUGUAUGCUGCGAGGGACCAUGACAUGUUUGGGUAUAUAAAAUCACAUCCGGAGGAUUUUCGUGAAAAAGAUAAGAAAACUUAUGGUGAAAUUCUUGAAAAAUUCUAUCCAGUGCGUUGAAGUCUUCAGAACACUUGCUUCUAUUUCAUUGAGAAUUGUCAUUUCUGAAUUUUAUGGAACAUGUUAAUCUAGAUGUGUCAAUACCUAUAAUAAAAAUAA